CCGAAAACCUAACUAACAGAAAAGAAUAAGAUAUCAGAUCAUCCUCAAGCUCAUCAUCAUCAAUAUCAUCAAAGCUAAAAGCCCAACAAAUUCCAACCCUUUGCCCAUCUUUCCCAUCAAUUCAUUAAAUUUAGAAGAUUUAUUAGGAAAAAAAAAUCACGUGAUUUUCUACCAUUCUUGUGGGUGUUUAAAUGCAAAAUUAUGGUCCCAAGUGGAGUAUUUUCUUCCCUCCCAAAGAGACCAGAGAAAAAAAUAUUAUUUAUUAAAAAAAGGUAAGACUUUAAAGUUGGUAAAAAUAUCGAGUUGUUUAUUAUGUACUUGGAAAAAAAGAGAGAGAUUUGAGGGGAGCGACGGUUACAUUUCGGUUCUUCUCUUCUUCUUUGCUUUGUCUUCCUCCUUCCUUCAUGAUCCUGUUUCUUUCUCUCACUUGAAAAUACAUCAGCAAAAUUUAUUCACGUGUCUUUCUAUCUUUCUUUUUUUUUUUUUUGGGGUAUUAAUUUCCCCUUUUUUUCUUCCCAUUUUGAUUUCUUUUUGCUUUAAAAUAGCCUCUGUUGUCCUCUCAAGUCACAAACUUUCUGUUGGUUUCUGGGCAAUACUUAUCUGCCCUUUUUUUGGUGUUGUUUUCUGAGGCUUAUUGGCGGUGGGAUUCCUCUAUCUCGCUCUGUAUUACAUCACAAAGGUUUCUCUACUGUUGGCCUAAAACCAUCAUCAUCCAGCCUCCCCUUUCUGUUGUUUCUCUGGAUAUAAAGGUUUGGAUACAAAAGAAAGGGAGGGGAAUAUUAUUAAUACAUUUAUACAACAAACAACAAAAACAAUCAUAUAUACCACUGUUUUCAUAUUGGGAAUCACGAGAAGAGAUGGAAGGAAGAAAUAAAUCUGGUUCCUCUUCGUUCACUUCUGAUCUUUUCGGGUCAAAAGAGUCCCCUGUUUCUCCUUCUUCGGGGAUUUUUGGGUCUAUCUUCGCGCCACCUUCUAAGGUUGUAGGACGAGAAUCUCUGCAUCCAGAAGUAGUUGAAAGGAAGUUAGACUCUGCUAGUCAAGCUUGGAAUACAAAAAAUGGUCCGUCAGAAAAUAACGGUCUAGUCGGCCAAGGUGAACAUAUGAAUGACCCGAAUAAGGCUAGAAGUUCAUUUUAUCAGGAAAAUAAAGUGCAGCAACCUUGUCAUCUCAGUUCCUCCAUCUAUUACGGGGGUCAAGAUGUGUAUGCUCAACCUCAGAACACUCAGAGCUCUGUCUACAGUACUGUGAGUUCUUAUCAUGUUAAAUUACUUUGUUAUGCUUCAGUCAAUUUUGCUUUUUUAUUAUAGUAGUCUUGGAAGCAUAAGUCUUUGGCCGUAUUCUUUGUUGUAGACUUGUUUAUGACGUGAAAUAGAUGGGAGAUAGAACACAAAUAUCAGGAGUGUAACUUACAGGUCAAAUGGUGCAAUUCUCACUCCUAGGUUUUAAUAAUAUUCCUGUGAGAUGCACCAAUUCAUCUUUGGGGAUUCACUUUUUGCUUGUGUUAGUAAUAAUUGUGUCAUGAACUCGCGUGUGAGUUAGAUAGGAAGGGGUUAGCGUUACCUCAUAGCUUGACAUUGUUUUACUUGGCUUUUCAAAUGCAUGCAAACUUAUAUGGUGAAAUAUUGUUUCAUGAUAUUAAAUAUUCUUUAUCUAGUGGUACAAGGCAAGAGGCCAUUCAUUUGUCUUUCAGGGUUUAUUGGUAUUUUACUUGAACAGUUUGGCUGACAGUCUCUUUUUAAUUUCUAUGCUUCAGUACAAUAAAGAUGGAGGAGAAGAUGAUUCUAAUUCUGCUUCUAGAGGAAACUGGUGGCAGGGUAUGUUGUUGAUUCAUAGAGUUUUUUAAUAAGAUGCGAUCUUUAUUGUUAGCUUUUGUACCUUAUCGCUGAUGGUUCCAUCUCUUCAUAUUACAGGAUCCCUGUACUACUAGAAUCUUUCCGCCCAGCAACUCUGUAAUCAUACACUGUAAUCUCUAUUAGGUAAUGGAUAAUUGUCCCUUUGUUGAAUCCCAGUUCUUUCUUUUACUUAUCUUCAAGAAAAGCCUAUUGCUUGGACCAAAAAGAGAAGAAGAUUUUUGUAUCACUUUCACUGCUGCUUAGUAAAGUUGACGUGCUAUAGAACACGAUUUGUCCGUUCUAGUAGGCCUGUUGCGUUGAGCUAUCUUAGUUCAACUAGCACGGCUGUUGUGGGGGGAAUAGUAUGCUAAGAUCUCCAUACUUAAAGAAAAGGGAGCAAUAUCAGUGCAUAUUGAAAGCCAUAUCAGUGCAUAAGUGUUUAGAUAUUAGAAUGGGUCUAUAUACGAUUCUGUGAUUUUUGCCUGAAUAUCUUUUUGUGAUCUUGGUUGUGCAGGAAGCAGGAAGAUAUUUGCUGGAGUACUGCAAUACCGCCUCUUGUUUUUGUAAUUGUGGGGGAGAUAGAUGGUAGAAGAAAAGGAUGGGUUUUACUUUCCUGGCUCCCGUCUGCUAAAUAUCAGAAUUAUCAACCUGUAAUGUAUUAGUAGUAGUGUGAUAGACUAGUAUUUUUACUAAAACAUUUUCCUCUUUUUUUUUUGGACUUGUUUCCUUAGCUUUUGUAAACAUCAUGAUCCAGUUGCUGGGCAAUAUAUAUAGUAUCAAUUUUCUGUGAUGAUGACGCUGUUUGACGACGACUUAAACUACAG